GGAGUAAUUGGAAGAGAAGAUACAGUCAGCUAUUUUGGUGCCCAAAAGAUCAACAAGUCCUUCUCAGAGUAAGACUCAAGACUCAAAGUUGCUCUACUCUCUCUCUCUUUCUGUCGCUUUCUUGCGAGCUAGCUUUGUUCUCUCCGAAAUCUCUUUACGCGUAUGAAAGAUCGGAGCUUUUGGGGUUCAAUUUCAAGCAUUUCUCUCUUCAAAUGAGCAUCAGAGGAUAUUGGGAUUCAUUGUAGUCUGUAUUUUGUCUUCUGUAUAGUUCGCCCCCCAUGGCCAUCCGAGGCGUCGAUUUCAAGUGGUACGAUGGGUUCUUCUUGUCUAUGCUCGCGACAAGUGUAUUCUUUAACCGGUUCACUAACAGAGUCAUUGUUGCAAUUAAUUGGAAACGGUACCAUACCUGUACAUACCCGUUGCACAUAUGGAUCGUGGUUGAUUACACUACCGUGUUUGUUUUUCGGAUGUUGAUGUUUGUGGAUAAUGGGCUUGCCUCUGGAAUGGGUUUGGAUUUUGGGUGGCAGCAGAGAUAUGCUCGUUUCUGCGGAAGAGUAGUGGUCCUUUCAAUUCUUUCUCUGCUACUCUAUCCAUUUCUUUGGACUUGGACAGUAAUUGGUACGCUGUGGUUUAGAAAAUCAAAGGACUGUUUGCCUGAAGAUGGUCAGAAAUGGGGUUUUCUUAUUUGGUUACUUUUUAGUUACUGUGCACUACUUUGUGUUGCUUGCAUGUCGAUUGGGAAGUGGUUGACACGAAGAGAGGCACACUUAUUGCGUGCUCAACAAGGGAUUCCUGUUUCAGAAUAUGGGGUUUUGGUUGAUAUGAUUCGGGUGCCAGACUGGGCAUUUGAAGCUGCUGGUCAAGAAACUAGAGGGAUGGGCCAAGAUGCUGCUGCAUACCAACCCGGACUUUACUUGACUCCAGCACAGACAGAAGCAGUGGAAGCACUCAUUCAGGAGCUUCCAAAGUUCAGACUGAAGGCUGUUCCAACUGAUUGCAGUGAAUGUCCAAUAUGCUUAGAAGAGUUCCAUGUAGGCAAUGAGGUUCGUGGCCUGCCUUGCGCUCACAAUUUCCAUGUAGAAUGCAUCGAUGAGUGGCUUCGACUGAAUGUGAAAUGUCCUCGGUGCCGUUGCUCAGUCUUCCCAAAUCUCGACCUUAGUGCUAUAUCCAAUCUCCGUCCUGAAUCUGAGCGGUCAUCUGUCAGCGUGUUGACAGCUAACCGGUACGUGAGAACCCAACCUUACAGUCAGAGCUAUUUGUUGAGGUUACAGGGUCUGCUCCGCCCAGUCCGUAUGGAAAAUGCAGGUGUAGGUCCAUCAGGCACUGCGGCAGACACUGCUCUGGAAACUUCCGAGUAUGGAGGCGUUGCUCUGUCUACUCGGGAUCCAUCAAGCCCAAGGCCGGUCUCUUCCGCCGGACAUAUUGUUGUUGUUGACUCCACCGCACAACAACAAUAGACUGUUUCCUGAAUUACAUUUCCCAAAUGUUAACUGAAUUUCCUAACCCACAUGCCGAGGAAGGCUUAAUGGUAUUUAAUCUGUGUACCUGCCCAUUGCUUGGCAUGCUUUUGUAAUGGCUGUUGCUUGCUAAAGUCUAAAUCUUUUGCCAUCUUUUGGCACUGUGGUGAUGGAUAUGAGAACCGAAUCUGAUUGGUUAACCAAUGCAGAUUAGAUGUACUGUUUCAUGAAUGUGAAGGCCACUUUCAGGUGAAAUACUCUACACGGUUUAUCAAAGCUCCUCCCCUUUUCCUUUU